AUGUGGAGCGUAUUUGAGGAAAUCACAGGAGUUGUGGUCCAAGAGAUGGAUGCUGGAGGGGAUAUGAUUGCUGUCAGAAGCAUCCUUGAUGCUGACAGAUUUCACUGCUGCUCUCUGGUGAGGGGGAGGAGAAAUUUCUGGGGGCACCAGUACCACAGGACAGACCUCACCCUGGAGGACAUACUGGAGAGAGGGAAGGGCAAAGGGCUGUUUGAUAAGCUGGGUUCUGGGCCCCAAGGUCAAAAGGCUGAGUUCCAAGUUCUGGACAUGGUAGACUCAAAGGGAAUGUUGACAGUGAAAUUGCCCAAAGAAAUAACAACUGUAGGGGCCUUCCACAGGUCCCACAAGCAGAGAGUCAAGAUAUUGGAGCCCCGGAUACCCCAACAAUAUCUGGAUUCUCUUGAGCACUGGGAGCUGAGGAGAAGACUCCCCACUUUGUUGCAAUCAAUCUGGAGAAUGAGAGCAGACCUGUAUCUGGUGACAGAGAUUCUGGAGAUGGCAAGGAAGGAAACCCUGAAAAGUGAAUGGCUGUGUACGUUGUGGAGCCGGGUGAACGCAAGUUGCAACACAAAAGCCUUUCCGGAAGGGAAGUCCUUGAGUUUAGAGGAUUUCAGAAACAUGAAGAAGAAGGAGCAGGACAUGGUGAGAGGCCUGUAGGAUCUGACUGAGAAGGAACAAAAAGAUGUGCUAAGCUGCCUCAGAGGGCAGUUGCCACUCUCUGCUAAAGUGGGACUGGUGCUCAUUUCCCCUCAUCUAGAGAUGGAGGGUCUAGCGGGUCUUCUCAUAAGUAGCCUUUUCAAUGCUGCUGGGUUCUUGGUAAAGGCACAUACAGAAUCCAUUCUGGAUAUCCUGGAUGCUUUGAUUACGUCUGAGGAGCAGCACCUUGUGGCUGAGGCCCUAGAGAAGGGGACCCUGCCCCUGUUGAAGGACCAGGUAAGACAAUCUGUCCUGGAGCAGAACUGGAGUGAGCAGCCCCAUGAUAUGGGCUGGGACCCCAACGCACGACUUCUCUGUGCCCUCUAUGUUGCUCUCUCCCUCCUGCUGCAGCUGGGUGAGAAGCCGACCUCGGUGCCUUCCUAA